AUAAACCUGAUAAAACCGGAAGUUGGGGAAGCUGGAAAGUUCAUCGAAGGAGCAACAUUUCCUUAUCGUUAUUGAAAUAUGUUUAAAUUUGCAGAGAAGAAAAAAGAGAAAUCUUUUGUGUAUAGACAUGUAUCAUGUCAUUCUGCUUACCACGAAGUACAAGUAUGAUUGAUAGAUUACUGUUACUCUACACGGCCGUGUUCUAUAUGAGGAGGACGUCAUCAGAUAUCGUAUUUCAUCAACAUUGUGUAAGUUGUAACGUGCUAUUAUAAAAAAGCAGUGACGCCUUGAAUGUUAUUACAGUAUAAGUAAAAAAAAUAGCAUUGGUAAAAAUGCAAAAACCUGUUGAUCGCAACUUCACUUUAACGAUGGAGAGAGGAAACCAUCUCAUAUUACCUACUGCUUUUCAUCCAAUUAACAAAUACAACCAGUCGCAUUUGGUAUUUGAUUUGUACAUGGCAGUUGCUUCAGGAAGCACUCAAGAAGCCAGGAAUAUACUUUUGUCAUAUCCUCACGUUGAUUUUAACAUACCAGUGAAGGGUGCAACAGCUCUAUCAUUAUCUCUUUAUAAGAGACACUUUGAUAUUUUUAACCUGUUGAUGCGCCACUAUGAAAAGAGUAAGAAUCUGAACCUAAACAAAAGCAGCAAAGAUCAUCUAAACCGUGUAGAACCGCCAAUAAUCACAGCAUGUCGAAUGCAUUUUCUUGAGGGAGUGGUUGCAUUAGUAAAUGCUGGUGCUGACAUUGAUGCAGCUGACAACUAUAACCACACAGCGUUAUGGGUAGCUUGCAGACAGCAAAUGCCAGACCUAGUGGAGUAUUUGAUUUCAAAUGGUGCUAGUGUCAACAAAACCGACCAGUUCAACCGAACUCCACUUCUCACAGCCUUAACCUAUAGAGUCAGCUCUUUUAUUACAAAAACUCUUAUUGUCCAUGGAAGCAAUUUACAAGGUCCGAAAUACCCCAUUGGUGGCACAAGUGCACAACAUAAUCCACUAUUCUGGGCAUCAAAGCACAAAGCUAUGGAAAUCGUCAAACUUCUUUUGUGUGCAGGUAUCCCUUUAUGGGAAGUCCGCAGUGUGAGAAGGGCUUUAAUCAUGGAUGGAGACAAUGAUAUGGCUAUAUUAAGUCUAUUGGAUGCCGAAAUCAACAACCCUCCUAGUCUUAAACAACUCUGCCGGAUGGAAAUCAGAUCAUGUAUCAGCAGAAACUGUAAUGGGAAAGGGUUUUUGAAAAAUAUUGAAACAUUACCACUUCCUGUUAUAUUGAAACAAUAUGUGAGUCUCAGAGUAUUGUAUAUGUAAGAUUGAUGUACCCGUAUCCUACAGUGUAAUUACAUACCUGUGUAGACUGCAGAAUGAUGAGUGUAUGUUCACAGUGUAUCCUGUGUUUAUUUGUAUUAUAAGAUUGUAAAUCAUUUAAUGGAAUUUACAAAUUAAAGCGCUAGUCAUUUUUGUAUACAACAUGAACAUAAUAGUUUGAGUUAUGAAAAUUAAAAUCAUGACGAUUGAAAAAGUAAAACUGUACCUUUGAUGACGUACAAAACAUCAAUGUCAUGUUUUGUGUUGUGACAAAAUUAUUUCUUACCCAAUUUUUUUUUUACUGUUAAUCACAUUUGCAGAAUCUUUCCCACCAAAUUCUUAAUUAAAAGCUAUUAUUUGAUUUCUUAAAAAUCCACAUUCACCCUUUCAAUCAUCCAGCAAUAUUGUGUUUUAUGAUCAUGUUGUCCAAGGAUUUACGAACAAUACUAAUGCCAGUGUCCAGACUUUGCAGCUCAGGCAAACAUGGUUGUGUUUAAUUUCUGGACAUUUUUUUUUAAUGAUUGAUAAUUACUUGGUAUAGAUAUUUUGUGGUGCAUGCAUUGUGAUAAUAAGAAUUCCAUCAUACUUUCCAACAUUUUUGAAAUCCAGGGAUUCCUUUCCACAUACAUACACACACAUGUAUCUCCUUACACAUCAUCUCUCUACCAUGUGAAUGUGCCAUGAGAAAACUCACUGUCAUUACAUUGAUUGACCACAACAUGAAAAACUGACCAAUCUCUACAUGAAUAUUUAUGUGUUUUGGAAAUUGUAGAGAAGCUACAUGUAGCUACAUGCACAACCAAAUUAAAAGCUAGUCAAUUUGACAGUUAUUGUAUGCAGUUGUGUGAUGCCUUUUAACAAAGAGCUUAUAUAAUUAUAAUUACAGUAUUCAGUAUUUGUUAUAAGAUUUUUUCUUGCAAGUCUUAAUUACUAAGAGACAAAAAUGUAGUGUAUUUGGGUACAUAUAAUUAGCAUUUGAAUGAGUCAUGCAGGAAAAGCUUAUAUAAAAUAUAGCAAAGUCCCAAAACCAAUAGUUCAGUCUUCAAAUUUUAGACUGGUCUGGACAUAUUAUAAGCUAGUAUUGUAUGAACUACCUGGUAGGUAUUUUAAGUUCCUUAUGCUAUAAGGAUAUAUACUAUAGAUAUAGUAGGUUCCUUAUUCUAUAUGGACCUAUACUAAGGGUAUAUAUGGUAGGUUUGGUCCUAUAUUCUAGCUAUAGGUAUAUGGUAUAUAUAGGUUCUUUAUUCUAGGGACCUAUAGGUAUAUGGUAUAUAUAGGUUCCUUAUUCUGUAAGGAUAUAUAGGUAUAUGGUAUAUAUAGGCUCUUUAUUCCAUGAGGACCUAUACCUGGUAUAUGGUAGGUUCCUUAUUCUAUAAGGACCUUACACUAGGUAUCUAUUUAAGUUGGUUUCUGAAUGAAAUGGUGAAUAAUCUGUUCCUUAAUUAUAAGGAUAAAUUCACCAAUAUCGAUAAGGUGGUUUAUAUUUAUAACUAGUCACAGGUGACAUCACUUAAUUACAUUUUGGUUCAUUGGAUAUGAACCUAGGCAGCACUAAGUCCUUCAUCAUUCAUAAAGGUUACUAUAACAUAUAAAUAUAUACAUUUGUAUCUCUAUAGCUGUAUAUGUGAUGGGCAUUUAUUGUGUUUUAGGUAAAAUCAUUUUUUGUAUUCCAGGGUUAUUACAUGUAUACAAAUGUUGUUGAAAUACAAAUGUAUAAUUUAUUCAUUUUACAAGUUUAAUUUCAAAUCAUCAAUACAGAGAUGUACAUAUGUUCUACUAUUUGCUUACCUGUCUAUCAAAAAAGAAGUACUUUAUUAACUAUGUAGUUUUAAGGUAUCAGUUUGAAAAAAAGGGGUUUUUAAAUGCUCUUUGCUGAGGUGUUUUCUAUGGAUUUGUGUCAUGAUUAUAAGCAUACAAUGUAUUGGUAAAAUUGGGCUUAACCUAUUACAUAAUAAGAGUUGAAGUACCCGUAUAUCAAUACAAAAGAUCCAAUUCCAUUGGUGUUGUUACCAAAUUACAUACAGUAGUUCAGAUUUCGUACAUACACAGUUCUUUGCUGAUAUCAACAUCGCGAUAUCUGAAUCUGUAGCAACAUUGUAUUGUACCAGAAGAUGAUGUUUCAUGUAACAUAAUUAGUACUCCCGUGUAAAGAUGAUUUAAGGAAAAAAUAACAUGCUGACAUGUGAGACACAUGUAUACAUGAACAUUUAGCCCAUCAUCACCAGUCAUUUUGAUUGAUAGUAGAAAUGUUAAACAUAGAACCAAUUUACAUUAUACAAUAGUGGAGCCAUUUCUUUAUCUGAACAGAUGGUGUCCAUAAUAUACCACGUAUGAACUGAGCAAAUGCACAUAUUUAUAUAUUGUUACAUAUUCAUCAAAGUCACCAUAUGCAUGUUCUUAGGUGGGAUCAAGGUUUACUUUAAUAGCCUGUAUAUUUGAUAUUCUGAUUGUUCAGGUACACAACUUACAUAAGCUGAGUGAAAUGAUAAUUUCUUGAAAACACUAUUUUGUAUACAUUUUAUCAUAUAUAGAUGUUUAGUAUAUGCAUGUCUUAUAGAUGUUAAGUAUAAUGUUUCACACAAUUUUUAUAUCUAGUUACAAAUGGUUUUUUUGUACAGCGCUGAGCCAGCCAUAUUGCUUGCCCAUGUUGAGAAGUCCUGUAGUUUUUUAUUUGAAAUAUAUGUGAUAAAGUCCAUGUUGAUAUGAUGAUUUGCAUUUAAAUUUAAAUCAAGAUAUUUAUUGAUUUAAGUCAUUUCGUCGGGUAUGGAAAUUUGUUUUGGGCUCAUCAAAUUUUAUCAAAAUAAAGGAUGGAAGCCUUUGUGAUUCGCUGAGUGGACUUUCUGCAACAUUUUAAAUGUUAAAUUUUGUUGGUUUUAAAUGUUUUCUUGACACUAAUUGGACAUUGCCACCUUAUUAUAUCUUACUAAGUUGUUUUGUUGAUGAAAAUUAGGAUAUAAACAUUGUAUUACAGAUAAAGUCAUAUGUAACAAACAAACAAAAAACCUGGGACCAAUUCAUACAUAUACAUGUAGCUAUAGUUGGAAAGUACAAUGCUAUUACCUUGGGACAUGUAUUCAAAUUGUAUUAUUAUUAUUAUUCACUGAAAUACUUUUUUUUCAUUGCUAAUUUUAUUUUUAAAAUGUUUAAAUGUGAUAUUCUUAUCAGGUUAUAAUACUAUGUAACAAUUUUCCUGUCAGUAUACAGGUAAAUUAACAAGUUCAAUCAAUAGUGUGAUAGUGACAAAUAUUCAAUAUUAAUGCUUUCAAUGAUAAUCAGGUGAAU